AUGAUUCCUAAUGGAUAUUUGAUGUUUGAAGAUGAAAACUUCAUCGAGUCAUCUGUUGCCAAACUAAACGCCUUACGGAAGAGUGGCCAGUUCUGCGAUGUCCGUCUCCAGGUAUGUGGACAUGAGAUGUUGGCGCACCGAGCCGUGCUAGCGUGCUGCAGUCCCUACCUGUUUGAAAUCUUCAAUAGUGAUAGUGAUUCUCAUGGAAUUUCCCAUGUUAAAUUUGAUGAUCUCAAUCCAGAAGCUGUUGAAGUUCUGUUGAAUUACGCCUAUACUGCUCAGUUGAAAGCUGAUAAGGAACUGGUGAAAGAUGUAUACUCUGCAGCAAAGAAGCUGAAGAUGGAGAGAGUUAAGCAGGUUUGUGGUGACUAUUUGCUCUCCAAGAUGGAUGCUCAGAGCUGCAUCUCUUACCGAAACUUUGCAAGCUGUAUGGGAGACUUGCGUUUGUUGAACAAGAUCGACGGCUACAUUCAGGAACAUCUUUUACACAUUUCAGAACAGGAAGAAUUUCUCAAACUUCCACGGUUAAAGCUUGAAGUAAUGCUGGAAGACAAUGUCGGCCUACCCAGCAAUGGCAAACUGUACACAAAGGUAAUCAACUGGGUACAGCGCAGCAUCUGGGAGAACGGAGACAGCCUGGAAGAUCUCAUGGAAGAGGUUCAAACGCUGUACUACUCAGCUGAUCACAAGCUGCUUGAUGGAAAUCUGCUAGAUGGACAGGCUGAGGUGUAUGGCAGUGAUGAUGACCACAUUCAGUUUGUGCAGAAGAAGCCACCACGUGAGAAUGAUCACAAGCAGAUUAGUAGCAGCUCCUCUGGAAGUCUUUCUCCAAAUGCUACUGCUCAGAAUCCUAAACACGAGUGGAAAAUCAUUGCUUCAGAGAAGACCUCAAGUAACACCUACCUGUGUCUUGCUGUUCUGGAUGGUGUGCUGUGUGUGAUAUUCCUGCAUGGCCGCAACAGCCCUCAGAGCUCUCCCACGAGCACACCACGACUCCUGAAGAGCCUGAGCUUUGAGCUGCAACCAGACGAUAUCAUAGAGAAGCCCAUGUCUCCAAUGCAGUACGCUCGCUCUGGGCUGGGCACGGCUGAACUGAACGGCAAGCUCAUCGCUGCAGGCGGAUACAACAGAGAGGAGUGUUUGCGCACGGUGGAAUGCUACGACCCACAACAGGACACCUGGACUUUCAUUGCACCGAUGAGAACCCCACGAGCUCGGUUCCAGAUGGCAGUUUUAAUGGGGCAGCUGUACGUUGUGGGUGGAUCAAACGGUCACUCGGAUGACUUGAGCUGUGGAGAAAUGUAUGAGCCAGAAAUAGACGACUGGACUCCUGUUCCGGAGCUGAGAACCAACCGCUGCAAUGCAGGAGUGUGUGCCCUGAAUGGAAAACUCUACAUUGUCGGUGGUUCAGAUCCUUACGGCCAAAAGGGACUUAAGAACUGUGACGUGUUUGAUCCUGUAACAAAAUCUUGGACAAGCUGCGCUCCCCUUAAUAUCCGGAGGCAUCAGUCGGCGGUGUGCGAGCUGGGCGGGUAUUUGUACAUCAUCGGGGGCGCGGAGUCGUGGAACUGCCUGAGCAGCGUGGAGCGCUACAACCCGGAGAACAACACCUGGACCCUGAUGGCGCCCAUGAACGUGGCGCGGCGCGGGGCCGGCGUGGCCGUCCGUGACG